CCCCCCCCUCCCCCUAUUAAUUCUUCUGUGGACUGAAAGAUGUGAAAUAUUUGACCCGGAAGAAUCAGCAGUUCAGAUUCAGCAGUCUGGAAACGUUACUGAAGUAUAAUAAUACGGAGGUUUAAGCGGAGAACACUGUAUUACAGUGUAUAGGGGAGGGGACGGGAGAUGAGUAACGGAGAAAUCACCGAUUAUUCCCCCAACCCGCUCUCAUAUACAAGGCAACUAUUUAUCAAAGAAAACCAUGGCAAUCCUUGUUCCAAUUUAAGAAAAAUCAAGAACUUAUUAGCCUUUAGGCUUCUUCAUUGAGAAGAGUGAGUUUAAAGUCCUGAAAUCUGGUUCAGAGGGUUCCAACGAGUUUGACAGUAGUGUGUGGACCAGAGGCUCCAGUAUUAAAGUAAACCUCGGACCGUGAGUUACAGAGCUUUUUGGAUCCAACCUACUCUAUCUUCAUUCAACAACAUGAACUCAUACUCAUCUAGACUUAAUCCAAGCUAACCAAACACCUCAGUUUAUAUAGACCAAGAAUACAUGAUUAUAUGCUCAUAUAUAUAGAACCUAUCCCUCCUAAGUCCUAUUUAGUAAACUACGACCAAGAAUGUCCAAUCUAUCAAACCUAAUAACCGGCUCAGAGCCGUUAUACGAGAAUCAACUAAUCUCCGUGAUUGAAACCAUGUCGGAGAAAAAGCGGAUAAACCAUAAAUCCGUCCUGCGCCACCAAGUGCCUGAUCAGGAGGGACAGGUUGUGUAUCCCGGAACACGGAGUAAAGGACGGAUACGAGACACCGGUAUAUCCGGUUGGAUUGUGUUUAUGUUUUGUCUCCAACCUACUAGAGCUGAAAUCAUUAAACCUAUAGGAGAAUGGAUUUGUAACUACUGUGCUAUGGGUGCGCAAGAAAACCCGCAGGAUUGUGGGACUCCUAUCUUGUGUAUGUUCUACGGUUUACUCCUCUUUAUAAUUCUUUUAACCAUCUAUACUACCAUCAAGGGUUCUACAGAAUAGAAAACAUCUACAGGAAGUAAAAGAAAAAAUACAAGAAGUAGAAGUAGAAAAUUGUAUUAUGUAUAUAUAUAUAUAAAUUGUAGAAAACAAUGAAUCAAUUAUCAAGAUUUUGAUAUAUUUCUUGCUUGCAUGCUUAGACUGUAAAAUGACAAUCAUAAAAUGAACGAAUGAAAGCAAUUUUGUUAAAAAAAAACUCGUUUGUGAAAAAAUUUAAAUUAUUUAAAAGUAUGAUUAAAAAUAAUAAAUAUUUGUGGCUUCUAAAUAAGCUUCUUUUAAUAAAUAAAACUGCCAGCUGCAGUCAUAAUUAAUAUUAGGCAAUAGUAAUUAUUGUGUAUGGAAACUGAGCUAACUGAUGUUGUGUCAGUGAUUAUUAUUUUUUAAAUUUACUUAAAAUGCCAAAAUAUAAUGUUUUUUAUUUUA